AUGUCGAGCACGGGGACGGCCAGUACUCAUGACCUUGUCCCUGCCGACGACGUCGAGGACAUAAGAAACAUGCUGGUGCUCGGAACGUCCGGGCAGCGUGGUGUUGUGAUGACCUUCGUACGGGUCGUCGGACUUCCCGCCCAGCGCCGUGCUACGCGAUGA